CCACAAAAUUCAUCUCUAUCUUCUCUGCAGAGCCACGAAGAAGCCAUGGAUCCCUACAAGCACUGUCCAUCAAGCGCGUUCAAUUCUCCGUUCUGGACCACUAAUUCUGGUGCUCCUGUUUGGAACAAUAACUCAUCGCUAUCCGUUGGAUCUCGAGGUCCAAUUCUUCUGGAGGAUUAUCAUCUAGUGGAGAAGCUUGCAAACUUUGAUAGGGAAAGGAUCCCAGAACGUGUUGUUCAUGCCAUAGGAGCUAGUGCAAAAGGUUUCUUUGAAGUCACACAUGACAUUUCAAAGGGUAAUAGAUGGCAAUGGGAUAUCCUGUUUGCUUUCAAUCUCCCCACGCUCAUCAUCAUCACCAAUAUCGCCAGAUGA